AUGUUGCGACAUCUUCCCGUAAAUCAAAUCUUUUCACAAAAACCUUAUUAUACAUUAUCAAAGAUCUAUAAUAAAAGAGUGCCCAGCUCUAUAAUAUUUCCUUCUAAUUCUUGUUUUUCUAUUUCUCUGCAGUCAUUAGCCCAGUCAAGCUUUCGAAAUGCAGCAUCUACUGGAAUAGAAAACAUAAGAAGAAACAAAAACGUUUUACGUAAUGCAACGAAUACUUCUAGAUAUUAUGCUUAUAGUAGCAGUAGUAGACCAACAAUAAUAAAGCCAAUACUAUUCUCGUUAGUGGUAUCAGGUUCAAUAUUCUCUGUAGCAGUAUUGGCUGAGGAAUACCGUCGAGAACAAUUACAACGUUGGACAGGAAAAUUGAAUCCUUCUGAUAAUGACUGGCGGCGUUAUCGUAGUUGGCUUAUGGAAAAAACUUUGUUUCAACACUUGAAACGUUUACAAGAUUAUAAAGUACCUGAUGAGGUUUUACGUUUAUACACGUUUCUAUAUCAUGAAUGGAACUCGUUAUCCGAGAGUCAAAAAACUAUUUCAGGGAUUAUAGCGAUUAACGCCGUAGUUUUUCUAAUGUGGCAAAUACCAAUCCUUUUACCUUUUAUGAAUCGAUACUUUGCACAUAGUCCAUUGUCGGGAUACUCAAUAACGCUGCUAACCUCAGUGUUUAGCCACAAAGCAUUAUGGCAUUAUGGGUUAAACAUGAUGGCACUUUACUCUUUCGGCGGGGCAAUACAUAAUUAUCUUCAACGUGAACAAUUUCUGGCGUUUUAUUUAACCUCUGGAAUUUUUUCAUCGUUAAUUAGUCAUAUAUUCUCGUUAAUGAGUAUUCCGCGCGCGAAAAUCAUUCCGUCCUUAGGUGCAUCUGGGGCAAUUUUUGCUUGCCUGGGUGG